UUCAUGCUGCUGCUCCGGGUUUGUCGCCUCUUCUAGCGCGGCCAUCAGCUACGCGAGCAGCUCGUGUCUUGUACACGGAACAGGGUUGGCAGGGGAUUUAGAUGGGAGUCAGGACCUCCAUGACCGAUCGCCUGCUCCGACUCGUGAGCUCGAUGCUGCUGGUACGCUGGAUCUAGCCAGAUCAUGCAACAAAGGCGCCGCCGUGCCGCGCAUACACACGACGAAGGACGGCUUGUGCUGCUCGACCGACGAGCAGCUCUCUACCUAUCGCGGCUUCCAACCAUCACAAGCAUACCCUUUUCAGCUGUCAUCGUGGAUCGCUGAACGCGGCAAGACGGUGGACGAAGAUGUGCUCGUCGCGUACACCCUCUUUCGAGGCAAUUUUCAUGGCUGCUGAAGUGGGACCAAAACCAGCACACGGCAGCGUGGGCCCUGAAGCGUUCUGUUUCGGUGCCAGUCGACGACCAGUAAGACUGCGUCCAGCAGAGUCCCAAAGCAGAACCACCUCCAACAAUUCGCGAGGCCUGCAUCACAGACCCAUGACAUCGCCCUUCACUACGCCUUCCAGAUCCUUUCAUUACCGGGAUGCCUUGCUUCCUGGUGAGGAGCUACUUGUGAACCCGUCUGGCUCGAUUCCAUCUGCAUCCUUGGCGAGCGUGGAGGCGCAUACAGCCCCACCGCUUCAGCUCAGAAACCAAGACCUCCAGUCAAAGAAUGUCGCCCACGAUCCACACGCUUUUGCGUAUUCGUCCUUGGAAUUCUCGCAAGAUGAAUCGGACCAGCAACUCUCUCUCGUACAUUCGAACGAUUCGCUCACAGAGAGCGCGACAAGCAGCUACUCCGCUCGAACGUAUCAAACCGCUGCAGUGAUGGUCAAAUCUCGUGACAGGAGCAGCUCCGAUCUUUCGAGCUUUCUCGGCGCGUACCGUUCCACGUCCCGUGCUCAAGCACAAACAAUUCCCGGAACUGCACCGCAUGAGUCGCAAAGUGCAUUGGGACCUGGCGGCUUCGAAGGAAUUGUCGCCGAUAGGUCUUUGAAGCGUCGCUCCAGCGCGCCCGGACCAUCGGUCAAUCCACUCGAGCUCUGCUCCGGCGAAGACGAGCUGUGCGAACAGCCGGCUUCAAUAUUUGGUCAAGACAUUUCACUUGAUUCAUCGUGCUUUUCAAGUCCUUCGGCGCCGUGGACCACUGCAGACGCCAACGCCGGCCCGAAAAACUCCAUCAGCUUUGCGGAUCGCGUGGCCUUUGCGACACCAAAGGGCAGCGAGGAUGGACUGCUGUGCGAGAGCGACUCGUCCAUCGGCUCUCGAUCUCCCUCCCCAACUCCAGAAGGAGCACAUCGGAAUGCCACUAUUUUGACACCCGGCAAAUCCAUGUUUCCGCUACGAAGCGCGGCAAAUGAAGGCGAAGACAUCUCCAGAGACGGAGGAACACCCUUCCGCGUUGCACCUGAUGUCGAGUGUAGUGGGUCAAUCGCAGCGCUGAGCGAUCGCAGCUGCCAAUUCACGCUUGCCUUGGGUCUCUUCCCGCAUAGAUGAUGUCCAAAAAUCCGAGCAGAAGAGGGCAAUCG